AUGCCUGAACCCGCGAAGUCUGCGCCCAAGAAGGGCUCCAAGAAAGCGGUGACUAAAACCGCCGGGAAAGGAGGAAAGAAAAGAAAGAGGACCAGGAAGGAGAGCUACGCCAUCUACGUUUACAAGGUGCUGAAGCAGGUCCACCCCGACACCGGAAUCUCGUCAAAGGCCAUGAGCAUCAUGAACUCAUUCGUCAACGACAUUUUUGAGCGCAUCGCCUCCGAGGCUUCCCGCUUGGCUCACUACAACAAGCGAUCCACCAUCACCUCAAGGGAGAUCCAGACCGCUGUCCGCCUCUUGCUCCCCGGUGAACUGGCCAAGCAUGCCGUGUCUGAGGGCACCAAGGCCGUUACCAAAUACACCAGCUCCAAGUAAACUGCCAACUACUAAUACUCCAAAGGCCCUUUUCAGGGCCACUCCAAUACUUUUAAAGCAGCAGUCUGAUUUUUGGUUACAUGUGCUUUUAAUGGGUACUUCUGAGUUUUCCUCUACUCUUUGAGUGCAGUGAUCCCAAUUGCAAUGAGUGAACGGAUAAGUGCCAAUGUUUCACACAUUUUAACUUGAGUGACCAUGAAAGGAAGGCAAACUUAGUUAUUUUUAAAAUUUGUUGUACUCAGCUUCAUAUUAAAUAAACUAAAUAUUUGCUAUAACUA